AUGGCUUCCAACGAUCGAAAAUACCGGUUGUCGUAUGAGGCACCCAAUCGGAGUAUGCCGCAGGAGUGGCAGCCGUCGGGAUGCCAUGAUAAAUCUUUUGGUAGCUAUCACAUCGUGAGAUCGGAGUACAAUGCUCAGGAGGAUUGGUACUGCAAGCAUAGGUAUUACGGUUAUCCGGGUGCUGAAUCGUAUCAUUGCGUCAAUUUGACUGGCUGGUAUUACUCAUUGAACCCAGAUGGUAGUGAAGAGAAGCUUCAUAUGAAACAGAAGAGAGCCGCGUACCACCCACCUAACAGCUUGGUUUGGGAGGAUUGGUCAGAUAUUGUUGCUUGGGACAAAUUGCCAGCGAUACCUGAUCGUUGCCUUGAAAAGAUUAGCCGUCCUGCUCCUUGGUUUUGGGCGGAAUUUGAACGAAGAGAGCAACAGCGAGGUAUGGCUUGGUCCCUCCUACGAAAAUACAUAGAAUGCUGUGAAAACGACGUCUUUCAUCAGGGAGACAAUGAUCCACACUGGAACCAGCAUAGUGAGUGGGAUAUGCCGAUUGUCAACGAGGAUGUGAUGUUCAGAUCUGCGAGCGAGACGUCGGUGAAAUCGGAGGGUGACACACCUGGUGGUUCCUCCACAGACCAGACGUCCCAGGAAGAGCUACCCAAGACCAAAGUGCCCACAAAGAAGAGAAAUUCGACUGCGGCAGAGUGUACCAGCGUUAAGUCGAAGCCCCGUCAUAGGAGGACCGAAAGCUCAGAGAAAGAGCCCGAAGAGCCCAAAAACCAGAAGAGACAGAAGAAGGCCGAAAUCAACCAGGCUGGGGAGCAGGGGAGUCCUCGAUUGAACAAGAUGAAAGGCGAAAAACGAAAGUUUGAGGAGCAGGAAUCUCAGGAGGGCUCCGAAGGAACGAAGCUUGGAAACAAGAAGCAUAAGAACGAGAGGAUACUCGAGGCGAAGCGUAAGGAAACAGGCCGGGGAAACUCUGCGGACCUGCCAAAUCGGAAACGGAAGGUUAACGAUGAAGACGGAGUGGUCACAACUCCAAUCACGGUCAAAAAGAAGAGACGCCACAGUAUUCAGGAAAGCGCUGUGGCCAUAGAGGUCGGAAUAUGCUAG